AUGACGACACACAACUCUGGAGUCUGGACGGUGAUCUGCCUUCAUGAUGCCCGCAGCAUCUAUGAGGUUCCUCUGAUGCUUGAGGAGCAAAAGCUUUCUGCUCUUCUCAUUUCACGCCUGAACCUCGGCUUGCCUUUAGUUCGCCCCCGAGGGUUCAUGAAGAAGUGGAAGCAGUUGGUUUCAAGACAAGAGAACCUCCGGCAAGAUGUGAGCAUCGCACUUGUUGGAAAAUACACCCAACUAUCAGAUGCCUAUGCUUCAGUCAUUAAGGCACUGGACCACGCAGCUCUCGCCUGCCAACGCCGACUUCGUCUAGUUUGCAUCGAGGCUGAAGAUUUGGAAGAUUCUGCCAAGACUGAACGGCCUGUCAAAUACCACGAAGCCUGGCAAAAUGUUUGCAAGAGCCAUGGGCUGCUUGUGCCGGGUGGGUUCGGCAAGCGUGGCUUGGAGGGCAAAGUGUUGGUGUGUCGGUGGGCUCGCCUCAACAAGAAGCCUUUCCUCGGAAUAUGCCUUGGACUUCAAGCUGCCGUAAUUGAGUUCGCUCGAAAUGUCCUGAACAUGGAAGGAGCUACCAGCCAAGAAGUUGCUGACGAAGACAGUAGUGGACCUUAUGCCAUUAUCGAAAUGCUGGAACACAAUCCUGGCCAGAUGGGAGGCACCAUGAGGCUGGGCACAAAGAAGACCAUUUUUGUUACCCAAAAGUCCAAACUGAGGCAACUUUAUGGCAACGUCGACUUUGUAAAAGAACGACACCGACAUAGGUAUGAAGUUGACCCUCGGCUGGUCCGCGCUCUGGAAGAUGCUGGUCUACAUUUUGUCGGCCAGGACGAAGAGAGGGAAAGAAUGGAAAUACUGGAACUGGAAGACCAUCCGUACUAUGUGGGAUGUCAGUACCAUCCUGAAUAUCUUACCAGGCCUUUAAAAGCGUCCCCUCCUUUCCUUGGCCUCAUAUUAGCCUCGAUUGGUAAACUGGACAACUACCUUAGGCGAGAGUGCCGCAUGUCUCCCACAGAUUCUCCUGAUUCAACAGAUGACGAGUCUCAAAUGCCCCUGUACGCCCGUCGAGAUCUGCGUGUGCCUCCAGUGCAAGGACGCACCCCGUCCUCCGUGGAGGCCCAGCUCACCAAUCCUGAUGACAACGGGGACUUGCGCUUCCCCUUGCUGCCUGAUACAGAGGAUCUUGAAUAUACCAAUGCAGCAAUUAUUUCAGCUGCGAGCAGGAUGGAUGCUUUGAGUGUGUCAAGGCACAAUGGAGCAUGCAGUGCAAGCUCCACAUCUGAGGGAUCUGAGAGCGAGCUAACUCGAUAACUUUUUUCUAUUCAUUAUCUACUCAAAUUCUGCAGCUUAUUAGGCUUGAAAGAUCUCAUCAGUGCCAAUCUAAGUGCUAGGAACAAGGGUACAGCUGGCUGCCCUUGGCUUUAACAAAUUUUCAUUUUUAACCCUUUCAUGACUGACGGGACUUCUCUGUCCUCAACCACUAGGUACGAAUAGCAUUGACGCCGGUAACCGUAUGCGAGACCUUAGGGUUAAGGGUUACUUUCAUUCUGAGUUUCGGGUUAUCCCGGUGUGGCCCGUAAUAUAUAAUCCUGCAGUUUUUAAAUUUUGUUAUCUUGAAUCCCGCCAAACCUGUUUUCCCCAAUCCCAUCAACAAUUGUGAAGUUUUUGUUUGUUGAUUGUUUGUUGAACACGAAUUUUACUUGGAACAUUGAACUACCUUUUGAUUCUUGUU